GCAGAAUGCCUUCUCAUCGUUCCCGCUCACGUUCUCGAGAACGCAGCAGACGCCACCGCUCCAGGGACAGAUCAAGGGAGAGACACAGGUCUAGGGACCGUUCAAGGGAAAGAGAAAGGGACAGGCAGAGGGAUAGGUCCAGAGAUCGUUCAAGAGACAGGUCGCGAGAGAGAAAUAGGUCUAGAGAUCGCUCCAGAGACCGCUACCGCUCAAGGUCUCCUGAAAGGCCUGUGGAACUCCCUGAAGAUGCAAAGCCUAUCACGGAAAGAGACUACUUCCAGAAAAGCGACGAGUUUAGGCUGUGGUUGAAGGAGGAAAAAGGCAAAUACUUUGACGAACUGUCUGGGGAUCGAGCAAGAAGUUACUUUCGAAAGUUUGUGAAGGCAUGGAAUAGAGCAAAACUUUCCAGGAAAUAUUAUCGCGGUAUCGAGCCUGGCUCGAUGCUUGCAACAACCAAUACCUCUUACAAGUGGUCUUUCGCCACGAAGGGCAACCGCGCCGAUAACGACGCUCUCCGAGCAACAAGAGAAGAAGUCGGUGCAGCCACAUAUGGCCGUGCUGCACGCUCUUAUGACGACGACGACGGCGAUGCUCUAGGUCCGAGUGGUUCAGGCCUCGGUCGUCUACAGGGACCCACUCUCCCAUCGGCCUCGGACCUCACCCUUGCUAAGGAAAUGAACGCCGAGCAAGAGGCUGAACUCCGAGCUUACAAGCGCAAAAGGGAAAAAUUAGAAGCCAAAGAAAGGAUUGAGGACAUGGUCGGUCCUCGGCCUGUCGGGCGGGAGGCCAUGCUCGAGAAGAAGAGGGCCCGCAGGGAGAACGAUAAGGCCUUCCGGGAACGAGGGGAUGAAGGUCUUGAGGUCGACGAAGAUACCCUUCUAGGAGGAGGGGAUAGUUUCCAAGCACAAAUUGCUCGACGGGAUGCAGCCAAACGGCGACAAGAGGCCAGACGCUCUGAAGAGAUUGCUGCCAUGCGAGAGCGCACCACUGCUCUGAGGGAGAAAGACAAGGCCACGAUGGAAAUGUUCCAACAGCUUGCAAAGCAAAGGUUCGGUUAG